AUGCCGAAGUUUGUCCCCCGUCAGCGAAAGCAAAAGCAACGACAGAAAGAGGCCGCAGAUGCUCUGGUCGACAGCAAUGUGGUUGAAAUACUGCCUGCCUCCAAGAGCGAGAAGGAAGCAAGGAAGCAAAAGCUCAGAGACGAAUUGAGAUCACAGCACAGCAAAAUCUCCGCAAAGAAACAGAAGCGCCUUGAUAAAUAUAUUGAAAAUAAAUUGAAGAAAGAAGAAAAUCUUGCGCUACUUAAGAAGCUUGCUCAGUCCAAAGUUGAAGUCACCGGUCUUCAAAGCUCCAAAGAAAUAGGAAAUGGCAGGCGGGAUUACUCCGACGAUCAACCUUCCAGGCCUUCGGCUAGAGAGGAGGUCGAUCAAUCGCGGCCUGAACCAGAAUGGUCUAGCGAUGAGUCGGACGAUUCCUUGCCGCGGAAAAGAACCAUUUCUACCGCUGACGAAAGGAAAAAAUCUCAAAGCCAGCCAGUGGCGAUUCCGGCAACGGGAAGCGGUUUGAAGCGCCCACUCGAGCUAGGUGCGGAUGGAUUUCCAAUCCUUAAAAAACGGAAGCGGACAUCGAAAGCCCAGCCUGCGAAAGUGACGCUAGAAGACAUACCGUGGGAAGGAUUUGGAUCCGAGGAUGAGUCAAAGGAAGAGUCUGGAUCUGAUAACGAUUCAGAGAGAGAGGAGGAAGGAGAAAGCCAGGAUUCUGAGAACUCUUCGGUGAACUCUUCAGAUGAAGAUAGCGACGAAGGCGAUAGUGAUGAAGACGAAGAUACAGACGAAGAUGAAGACGAUGAAGACGAUGAGGCCAAGGAGGAUUCUACACCGUCAGGUCGCAUCAAACCCCGUCAGUCGGCCUUUAAAACAUGGGCGAGGCAGCAAAUCAAUGAAGCUGUAGGCUUCAGGCCUACAACUGGCCCUAUCACCUCCGAACCACAACCAAACAUUCCUAAAUCUAGCCUGCCAGUUCGGGAUCAUGCUGCGGAGCAGGAACCGUUGCCCCAAGAGCUCGAGGUGACUAAAGGGAAUCCUUAUCGCAAGGCUUUCAGUGUCCAGGUUGAUCGUUCUGAAGAUGUGCAAAAUGCACGCUUAAAACUACCUGUUGUUGGAGAAGAACAGAAAAUCAUGGAAGCUAUCCAUAACAAUUCUUCGAUCGUAGUUUGGGGAGCCACUGGCAGUGGAAAAACAACCCAACUCCCCCAGUUCCUGUUUGAGUCUGGCUACGGUAACCCUGAGAGCCCCAAUCCCGGCAUCAUUGGGGUUACUCAACCCCGCCGAGUUGCUGCAGUCAGUAUGGCGAAACGUGUCGGCGAUGAACUUGGUCAGUUCUCAGAGCAAGUCUCUUACCAAAUUCGAUUUGAGAGUACUGCUUCGAGCAAGACGGCGAUCAAAUUCAUGACGGACGGCAUCCUUAUUCGAGAAAUUGCCGAAGAUUUUUCUCUGAGCAAGUAUUCCAUCAUUGUGAUUGAUGAAGCUCACGAGCGCAGCGUCAAUACGGAUAUUCUCAUUGGAAUGGUUAGCCGUAUAGUUGAUCUGCGAAAAUCUAUGAGCGAAGAUGAUUCAUCUAUCAAACCUUUGAAACUCGUGAUUAUGUCUGCAACCCUGCGCAUCUCUGACUUUACACAAAACCCGAGCCUUUUCCGCCAAGGGCCACCACCUCUUGUCCAAGCACAAGGCCGGCAAUACCCUGUUACUAUACAUUUCUCCAGGCGCACGCAUCGUGACUAUGUAGAGGAGAUGUUUAGGAAAGUCUCUAGAGGCCAUCGUAAGCUGCCUCCUGGAGGCAUGCUUAUCUUUUUGACCGGUCAGAACGAGAUUAGGAAUCUUUCCAAGCGUUUAAAGCAGGCCUUUAAACCAACACAAAGGGGCGAAGCAACCCAAGUGAAAGUCCAGAUCUCUGCAAACGAUGCACCUCUUGAGGAGGAAGAUAUGGAAUUCGGUGGCGCCGAUAUCUCGAAUUUUGGCAAUGAGGAGGACGAAGAUAGCGACCUGGAGAUUACGGGUCUAGAUGACCCCGAGGAAGAUGAUGAGUUCAACCUGGGGGAGGAAGCGAUGGACUCAUCUACCAAAGUCCAUGUGCUGCCUUUGUACUCACAGCUCCCUACCAAGGAACAGCUUAGAGUGUUCGAGCCACCCCCAGAAGGCUCUCGGUUGAUAGUCCUAGCCACCAAUGUGGCCGAAACCAGUCUUACAAUUCCAGGCAUCAAGUAUGUCUUUGAUUGUGGUCGUGCAAAGGAAAAACGGUAUGACUUGGAUACGGGUGUUCAGAAGUUCCAAAUCGAUUGGAUCAGCAAGGCCAGCGCCAACCAAAGAACGGGACGUGCUGGUAGAACAGGCCCCGGCCACUGCUAUAGACUUUACUCGUCUGCUAUAUAUGAAGGUGAAUUUCCAGAAUAUACCGACCCUGAAAUUCUACGGACACCCAUCGAAGGCGUUGUUCUUCAGAUGAAGAGCAUGGGUCUUCACAAUGUCAUCAAUUUCCCAUUCCCUACGCCACCAAGUCGUCAGGGCCUUGCAAAAGCCGAAAAACUCCUGAAAAACCUGGGGGCUCUUUCGGCAGAUGGGAGGAUUACUCCCAUCGGCAAAAGCUUAUCCACUUACCCUCUGUCGCCUAGAUUUGGCAAGAUGCUGCAUGUUGGCAACCAACAUGGUUGCAUGCCGUACGUUAUUGCAUUAGUCGCGGCUUUGGCGGUGGGUGAUGUGUUUAUCCCAGAGAACCAAAUCGACCCCGUUCCGGGAAAGGAAUCCUCUGGAGCCGAUGGAGUGUAUACGAACGCGGACCGUCUCGAAGACACUGCCCGGGAACAACGCCAUAAGGACUAUGCACGAGUUCAUCGUCUGUUGAGUAAGCACGAUGACACUUCGGAUGCGCUCAAGUAUCUAUCAUCGAUCUGCGCGUAUGGAUAUGCUACAGAUGGCGACGUUUUCUGUGAACAGAUGUUCCUGAGAGCCAAGGCGCUCAAAGAGGCUACCCAACUUCGUCGCCAAUUGACAGAUAUUGUUCGCACCAACAACCCUGGUCUCGUUGAAGCGUAUCAAGCCCGUCUUCCAGAGCCAACAGACAAACAGGUCAAAGCCCUUAAGCAAAUUGUAACGGCCGGUUUCAUCGACAACGUUGCCAUCCGUGCAGACCUUGCCCCCGUUCCUCCAGAGAUGCAUCGAACACCCAAGCGGGCAAUCGACGUGCCCUACCUGACGCUCUUCAGAUCUCGAGAUGGUUCUCCAUCCCAGGAACUUAACGAAAAGGCCGUCUUUGUUCAUCCUUCGUCGCUUAUUGCCCGACUCUCGCCCAAGGAAAUGCCCCAGUACAUCAUUUAUUCUCAUCUCCAGCAAUCCGCUCCUUCUGUGGUAUCGGGCGAACUUCCCAAGAUUAGAAUGUAUCCACUCGUGACUCCCAGUGGACUCCAGCUAUCUGCAUUGGCCCAGGGAACGCCCCUCAUCGAAUACGGAAAGCCUAUCGGAAAGCUAGAACAGAUUGAUGGGGUGCCUCCGCGCCGUUCGUGCUGGGUCAUCCCGUCGUUAGUAGGCGAGGUGGGCAGUACAGGAUGGCCAUUACCAGCCAAGAAGGUUAUACAGAAAAAGGACCCCAAAGAGGGCUGGGUGAUUGAAAAGUUUACUUCUUAG